AGUUCACCUAGUUCACAUACUCUUUAUCACUCUUAGUUAUAAAAUUGUCCACUUUCAGUUAUAAUCAGUACCCUGUACCAAAAUGAGAGAAAUUCUUCACAUUCAAGCUGGUCAAUGUGGCAACCAAAUCGGAGGCAAGUUUUGGGAAGUUGUGUGUGAUGAACAUGGCAUUGAUGCGGGAGGAAAUUACAUUGGCAAUUCUCAUGUUCAACUGGAGAGAGUUAACGUUUACUACAAUGAAGCAAGUGGUGGACGUUAUGUCCCCAGAGCUGUGUUAAUGGACCUUGAACCAGGCACCAUGGACAGCUUACGCACAGGACCUUAUGGUCAAAUCUUUAGACCUGAUAAUUUUGUUUUUGGCCAAAAUGGAGCUGGAAACAACUGGGCUAAGGGCCAUUACACAGAAGGAGCUGAGCUCAUUGACUCAGUUCUUGAUGUUGUUCGAAAGGAGGCUGAGAAUUGUGAUUGCUUACAAGGCUUUCAGAUUUGCCAUUCUCUGGGAGGUGGGACUGGAUCAGGAAUGGGGACCUUACUGAUAUCAAAGAUCAGAGAGGAAUAUCCAGAUCGAAUGAUGCUGACUUUUUCAGUCUUUCCUUCACCUAAAGUCUCUGAUACAGUGGUUGAACCUUACAAUGCAACUCUUUCUGUUCACCAGCUUGUUGAAAAUGCUGAUGAGUGUAUGGUGCUUGACAAUGAAGCUCUCUAUGACAUCUGCUUCCGAACUCUCAAGCUCACAAAUCCCAGCUUUAGUGACUUGAACCAUUUGAUCUCAACAACAAUGAGUGGAGUGACAUGCUGCCUUCGCUUCCCUGGUCAACUCAAUUCAGAUCUCCGAAAAUUAGCAGUAAAUCUAAUCCCAUUCCCUCGCCUGCACUUUUUCAUGGUGGGUUUUGCGCCCUUAACCUCUCACGGAUCACAGCAGUACCGUGCCUUAACCAUUCCUGAACUCACUCAGCAAAUGUGGGAUGCUAAAAAUAUGAUGUGUGCUGCUGACCCUCGCCAUGGAAGGUAUUUGACUGCCUCAGCAAUGUUCAGAGGCAGAAUGAGUACCAAGGAAGUUGAUGAGCAAAUGAUCAAUGUACAGAAUAAAAAUUCAUCAUAUUUUGUUGAAUGGAUACCCAACAAUGUCAAAUCAAGUGUUUGUGAUAUUCCUCCAACUGGGUUGUCAAUGUCAUCGACAUUCAUGGGGAAUUCUACAUCGAUCCAGGAAAUGUUCAGACGAGUUUCGGAGCAGUUCACAGUUAUGUUCAGGAGGAAGGCGUUUUUGCAUUGGUACACAGGAGAGGGCAUGGAUGAGAUGGAGUUUACAGAAGCUGAGAGUAAUAUGAAUGACUUGGUAUCAGAGUAUCAGCAAUAUCAGGAGGCUGUGGCAGCGGAUGAAGAGGCGCAUGAGGAAGAUGCAGAGGAGAAUUGAUAGGAUAUUAAGUUGUUAAAUUGGCUUUGAGCUUGGCCUGGAACAUGUUUUAUUUAUUUGGAUUUUCUUCUUGUUUUGUUUUUGGUUGUAUUGUGUUUGUGCUUUGGUGAUGAAUAAGGAGGCUUCUGCUGAAUUAUUGUGAGGAGUUUUUGCUGUAUCUAUGUAAGUUUUGUAUUUAUAAAUAAUAUGAUAUUCUUUGUGUACAA